UUACUUAGCAAUGGCCAAAUGUGAUUGGCACAAUAUUGGUUUCAAUGCAAGGAGGAUCCUUUUGUUGAUCCUAAUAAUCCCUUUUGCAAAUGGCCAACUUGAGUCCUUUGAUUUCCCCAAAUUCACUACUGAUUCUGAUUUAAAGCAACUGAAGCUUGAAGGAGAUGCUUAUGUUACAGAUUCUGGCAUCCAACUCACAAACAUUGUUGACUCAAACACCAACUUAACUACAAGAGUAGGAAGAAUCAUAAAUCCACAACCCUUUCAUCUUUGGAAUAAAACCUCAAACAAACUAAAAGACUUCACAACCCAAUUUUCUUUUACUAUUUUCUCAUCAAACCAAGAUUCUCAUGGUGAUGGUAUUGCAUUUUUCCUAGCAAGUCAAAAUCUCACAAAAUUAAACGACACAACAAAAGUACUAAGAGGAGGAGGCAUUGGCAUUGGUCAUGUAGACAACACAACAUCACUCCAAACUGAGUAUCAAUUUGUUGCUAUAGAGUUUGACACUUUUUCAAACCAUUGGGAUCCGCGUGGCGCACAUGUCGGUGUGAAUAUCAAUUCUAUGGUAUCUGACAUACUUGAAGGAUGGUCACCACAGAUUUCUGGAACCAACAUUGUUUAUGAUUGUAUUAUCCAAUAUAUUUCAGAAGAUAGUUAUUUAACUGUGUCUCUAACUAGUUCUGGAUUCAAUGAAGGUGUAGUAACACAGUACCUUGCAUACCAAGUUAACUUGAGUGAUCAUUUACCAGAUUAUGUUCUUGUUGGAAUAUCAGCUGCAAAAGGCUAUUCUUCUGAGGAACAUACGUUGUUGUCGUGGUCGUUUAGUACAAGUCUAAUAGUAUCAAGUAAUGAUGAAACUAAGAAGGGUUCAAAAUUGUUGUUGGAGGGAAUAGGAACUGGUGCAGGUUUUUGUGUAAGUUUAAUAGGUUUGUUUUAUGCUUUGUUAUGGAGAACAAGGAAAAACAGAAAAGAAGAAGAAGAACAACCCUUUUCAGAAACAGCUUCUGAUUUGAACAUGGAUGAUGAAUUUCUAAUGAACACAGGACCAAAGAAGAUUAGCUACUGUGAAUUGGUGUCUGCUACAAACAACUUUGAAGAAGGUGGUUCUGGUUAUGUUUAUAAAGGCUAUUUGAAAGAGUUUGAUUCUUAUGCUGCUAUAAAGAAGAUAUCAGUGGAUUCAAUAGAAGAAUAUGAAGUGGAAGUGAAGGUUAUGAGUCAAUUGAGACAUAAGAAUUUGAUGAAACUCAACGGUUGGUGUCACAAGAAGAAUGAUCUUCUUUUGAUAUAUGAGUACAUGUCAAAUGGUAGCUUAGAUUCCAAUCUUUUCUAUGGAGAGAGAUUCUUGUCAUGGCAAGUGAGGUACAAUGUAGUUUUGGGGUUGGCAUCAGCAUUGCUUUAUUUGCAUGAAGAAUGGGAAAAAUGUGUGAUUCAUAGGGAUGUUAAAUCUAGCAACAUAAUGUUGGACUCCAAUUUCAAUCCUAGGCUUGGAGGUUUUGGGCUAGCUAUGUUGGUGGAUCAUGAAAAAGUGUCACAAUCACAAAACAGUGAAUAUAUAAACACUGACAUAUUCAAUUUUGGUGUUGUUUUGUUGGAGGUAGUUAGUGGAAGGAAAGCUAUUCUUCACCAAGAGUUGAAGGGUGAAGUUUCAUUGGUUGAGUUGGUGUUGGAGCUCUAUAGAUCAGGAGAUAUACUUGAGGUGGCAGAUCCAAAGCUUUGUGGGGUGUUUGAUGUCAAGCAAAUGGAAUGCUUACUGAUUGUUGGUCUUUGGUGUGCAAAUCCAAAUUGCAUAUCUAGACCCUGUACAAGACAAGUGAUUAAAGUGCUUAACUUUGAAGUUGCUUUACCAAUUCUCCCAUAACAGAUCCCUGUCCUUGUUAGAUAUAGUUGAAAAUUUGAUAGAUAUUAUUGGAUACACUAAA